GGAGCUGCGGCUAGGCCCGCUCGGUCAGGCCCGGCCCGGCUCGACUCGACUCGCCCCUUCGCCCGCCCUCUCCUCCCACUGACGCAGUCUGCGCCGCACCAGCUCCCAACAUGGCGGCGGCGAGGCGCUGAGCGGCGGAGCGGGCCGGCCCCGCGCGGGUACAUUUUUCUAAGGGACGUGAUACAGUGGCGUCCACAACUGAAGGUUGCAGCUUCUCGAACUGUUACUAUGUGAAGGGGCAAGCCUGUGAUUGAAAACUGAGAAAUCAACUUGUUCAUGAUUGGGAAAUUUCCUUGAGUAAACGCCUGUGUGCAUUUACUUGCAAGCCUCUGCUCAUCAAGCUCAUCAAAAGUGGCUUUACUGAAUCGAUACAAAGUAUUAAAAAGGAGUAUUUGGAAAGUUUGAGCAGAUUUUUCUUCAUCUGUGUUCUGGAAUAAUCUUACAGAAAACACCUCCACUUGCUGAACUUCAUAGCUUGACAUUUCCCUGGCUUCAGUGAGAACUAGUUUCCAGGGGUGCACCAAUAGACAUUUUGGGGGCCGAUACUGGUAGCUGAUUUUCAAGGAAACAUAUUGCCUGAUACCGAUCCAAUUUCCAAUACAGCUGAGUCCAGCUGUAUUUAGAAUUUUGAAGCCAUGGGAGUAAAGGUCCAGCGACCUCGUUGCUUUUUUGACAUAGCCAUCAACAAUGUACCUGCUGGAAGAGUGGUCUUUGAGCUGUUUUCCGAUGUGUGCCCAAAGACAUGUGAGAAUUUUCGCUGCCUUUGCACAGGUGAAAAGGGCACAGGAAAGUCGACACAGAAGCCAUUGCAUUACAAAAGCUGUCUAUUUCAUAGGGUUGUGAAAGACUUUAUGAUUCAAGGAGGUGACUUCAGUGAAGGAAAUGGCAGGGGAGGAGAAUCAAUUUAUGGUGGAUUUUUUGAAGAUGAAAGCUUUGCUGUAAAGCACAACAAAGAAUUUCUUCUCUCCAUGGCCAACAGAGGGAAGGACACAAAUGGUUCACAGUUCUUUAUAACAACCAAGCCUACACCUCACUUAGAUGGACAUCAUGUAGUUUUUGGACAAGUCAUCUCAGGUCAAGAAGUUGUGAGAGAGAUAGAAAACCAGAAAACAGAUGCAUCUAGUAAACCUUAUGCUGAAGUACGAAUAUUGAGUUGUGGAGAGUUAAUUCCAAAAUCCAAAGUCAAGAAAGAAGAGAGGAAAAGACACAAGUCUUCCUCCUCAUCCAGUGAUUCUGACAGUUCAAGUGAUUCAGACUCUUCCUCUGAUUCAUCAUCUGACUCUGAAACAGCUUCUGAAGAGAAACCUAAGAAAAGAAAAAAGAAACACAAGAAAAAUUCUAGAAAGCAUAAGAAGGAAAAGAAAAAGAGAAAGAAAAGCAAGAAAAGCUCCUCUAGUGAAAGUGAAGUUGAAAACCCUGAAGCACAGCCGUUGUCUACUGUUCGUCCUGAGGAGAUCCCUCCUGUACCAGAAAACAGAUUUCUGAUGAGAAAAAGUCCUCCUAAAGUAGAUGAAAAAGACAAAGAGAGGAAGAGCAGGGAAAAAGAAAGAGAGAGUAAUCCAGCAAACUCCCAGUCAACAUACCAGAGAAGGCUUUUAGUAACCAGAUCUGGAAGAAAAAUAAAAGGACGAGGCCCUAGGCGCUAUCGAACACCUUCCAGAUCCAGGUCAAGGGAUCGCUUCAGACGCAGUGAGACUCCUCCACAUUGGAGGCAGGAAAUGCAAAGAGCUCAAAGAAUGAGAGUAUCCAGUGGAGAAAGAUGGAUUAAGGGAGACAAGAGUGAAAUUAAUGAAAACAAGAAAGAUAAUCAAAAAAGCCCUGGUCGAGGAAAGGAAAGAAAAAUAUCAGACCACAGACAAGCCUCUGAGAGUCCAAAUAGAAGAGGGGAAAAAGAAAAGAAAAUAAAAGAUCAUAAAUCUAGCAGCAAAGACAGGGAAACAAGGAGGAAUUCAGAAAAAGACGACAAAUAUAACAAAAGCAAGGCUAAGAAAAGAGCUAAAUCUAGAAGCCAUAGCAAAAGCAGAGAGAAAUCAAAAAGUAAAGAGAGAGACUCUAAGCACAACAGACAUGAAGAAAAGAGAUUAAGAUCUAGAAGCAAAGAGAGAGAGUAUGAGAAAGGUAAAGAAAAAGAUAAGCACCAUGAUUCUAGAGGGAGAGAGAAAGAAAGGAGUAGAAGUAAGGAACGGUGUAAAAGAGCAGGCUCAAAAAGUAAUGAACAAGAUCAUAGUAAAAGCAAAGACAGGGAAAAAUAUGCAAAAUCGAGGAGCAGAGACCGUGACCAGGCUAAAGGAAAAUAUAGUUCCAAUAGUAGGACAAGAGAACGAAGCAGAAGCAGAGACAGGGGGAGGAGAGCCAGAUCUAGAAGUAGGGAAAGAGAUCGCAGUAGAAGUAAAGAGUAUUCAAGAAACAGGGAUUCAAGAAGAAGAGGAAGAUCAAGAAGUAGAGAGAGAAGAGGCACACCAGAAAAAUAUAGAGGAAGAGACAAUAGAAGGAGAAGGGAAUCAAGGAGCUCUGAGAGAGAAGAAAGUCAAAGCAGACACAGAGAAAGGUAUUCAAAUAGAGAAAGUAGAAGUUCAUAUAGAAAGAAUGAUGCUGAAAACCAAAGAAAGAAACGUUCAAGAAGUUAUGAAAGUAGUAGCCCUGAGACCAGUAAAGAAAAAAAGGGUAGUAAAGAUCAGGAUAGUAAAGAUCAGGAUAGAAGCCCAGACUCAAAGAAAAGGCAAAGUAGCAAGGACCGAGAAAUGAAAACAUCAUUUUCACGGAGAAGUAAAGAAAAGGAGAAGAGCAGAUCUUCACUAGAAAAAGAAAUCAACCAAAAAUCCAAGAGUCAGGAGAGAGACCAUGCUCACAGUAAGGAUAAAAAGUCUGAUCAUGAAUCAAGUCCUGGAACAGAUGAAGACAGACAUGGAUGAAUUUGUGGACUUGGCGUUUCCAUUCUGCCUCAACAUUUUAGAGGCAUUUUGGGGAGCACUUUUUUUUUUUUUUUUUUUUUUUUUUUUAAUGUGGACUUCAGUUUGGUCUUUUGAUAAUCUAAAACCUGGAUCAUUUGUACUGCUAAAGUUUUAAUAAACUUGAAAUGAAAACAAA